AAAUAAUAUCUGUCUUAAUAAUAAAAUCUUAUCAGCUGCUGUCCCAUUAUAUCACAGAUGAUAGGAUGUAAACAAAUCUCACUCGGUCAGCUGGUAUCCGCCCAGUAGAAGUCAAAAAGUUUUUCUGUCCAUGUUUUAAUAUCAAAAUGUCCUCUAGCUUUAAAAAUAAACGUGUACUUGUCACUGGUGCUGGGAGAGGCAUUGGCCGAGCAAUUGUGAAAGAGCUUGUUUCAAAAGAAGCUUCUGUUAUAGCUUUGAGCAAAACUAAAGCAAAUUUAGAUAAUCUAAAAAAAGAGUUCCCUUCAAUUGAAAUAGUUGCUGUAGAUGUUGGAAAUUGGAAAGAAACAGAGGCUGCUGUACAGAAGCUGGGAGCCAUAGAUAUGUUGGUGAACAAUGCAGGAAUAAUAACUUUACAGGAAGUUGGAAGUAUUACGGAAGAUGAAGUUGAUGAAUGCUUUUCAGUAAAUGUUAAAGCUGUGGCGAAUAUAUCUCAAAUAGUUGCUGUGAAUAUGAAGAAGGCAGGGAUACGUGGUAGUAUUGUCAAUCUAUCAAGCCAAGCCUCUAUGGUAGGCAUUCCUAAGCAUGCUACGUAUUGUGCAUCCAAAGGGGCUGUCGAUCAAUUGACGAAAGUGUUUGCUCUUGAGCUGGGCCCAUCUGGGAUUCGAGUAAAUAGUGUAAAUCCAACAGUUAUCCUGACAGAUAUGGGCAAAAGAGCUUGUGGAAGUGGAAGCCUUGAAGAGAAAAAGGCUGCUAUACCUCUCGGAGAAUUUCCAGAACCGGAGGAUGUUGUUAAAGCCGUACUGUUCUUAUUGAGUGAGGAUUCCAGAAUGAUAACCGGUGCUCAUCUACCCAUAGAUGGUGGAUACACUUGUCAUUAGAGGAGACGUAACAAUUACAAAUAUUUUAUUGUACACAAGUUGACCAUAGUUUUUACGAAUCCUAUACUUCAUUGAAAAAUAAAUUUGUUUGUUUAUA